AGGUCAACAAGCUCAUUCUUGACGAUAUAUGACCACACCGCACUCAAAGCUUUCAACCUUGAGAAAUUCGCAAUGGGAGCUAUUGCGGUCAUCGCCACUGUCGCAAUAGCUUCGCUGGCUUGGCCCGUGGUAAACACCUUUCGAUACUACAUUGAAGCGCGGAAGAUUGGUCUCCCCAUCGUCAUAACACCAGCCGUACCUCUCAACCCAUUUUGGCUGUUGUUAAUACCUCUUGUUGGGCCCCUGACGAGUAGUCUGCCUGGAUACCUGGGAGAAUUCCUGAAUUAUGGGCGUUUCGCCUGGUAUUUCCAGACUAAGAUGCAUGUCUUAGAGAAACUGGGUCCCGCAUUUGUGAUUAUUAGCCCAGGCGGUAUGCAGAUUCAACUUUGUGAUGGGAAUUCGGUGGAAGAGCUUUUGUACCGCAGUAAUGACUUCCCUAAGCCGGCGUCUUAUUACCAGGCCUUAGACGUUUUUGGCGAGAACCUUGACAGCGUGAAUGGCAGAGAAUGGCAACGACAUAGGAAAAUCACGACCCCACCGUUCAAUGAGAGGAAUAGCAACAUGGUUUGGAUCGAGUCUUUGAGGCAAGCAAAGGGGAUGUUGCGAUCGUGGAGCCAUGCAGGGGAAGUUGGAACUACGGAAACAAGCCAAGACACGAUGAAUCUGGCACUCCAUGUCCUUACCGGAGCUGGUUUUGGCAGGUUCUAUCCUUUUGAAAAAGGGGUAUCAAACCCUGCCAAUGGUCACACUAUGUCUUUCAAGGAGGCUCUUCAUACCGUGCUAAAGGAGUUCAUUGGCGUUCUACUACUUUCUAAUUCCAAACUAAUGUCAAUUAUACUUCCGAAAAGGUUCGACGCCGCCCGAAUUGCAAUUCCGGAAUUCAAACAAUAUCUAGUCGAAUUCGUAGAAGAAGAAAGGGUGGCCCCACAGAAGUCCAGUGAGCACGACAAUCUUAUGAGCGCUCUUUUGCGCGCAUCAGACUUGCGAGAGGUAGAAGGCGAAGGAAGGCGAACUCUGACUAACGAUGAAGUUUACGGAAACUUGUUCAUCUACGCCUUUGCCGGACACGAGUCAACUGCCAAUACUCUUGCCUAUGCCAUAACACUUUUAGCGGCGGAUCUCAAGGUUCAGGAUUGGAUAAGAGAAGAGGUGCAAGCGAUUGCUAGCGAAUAUGGGGUUGUAGAAAAUUGGAAGUAUGAGGAGAUGUUCCCGCGACUUAAACGGUGCCUUGCACUCAUGUUCGAGACUCUACGACUUUAUGGCCCUGUUGUUGCCUUUCCAAGAGCUGUCAACGACUCUUAUCAAACCCUUACUAUUCAGGGGAAGCAACAUAUGAUUCCACCCCAUACAGUAAUCUUCGGCACUUUUACUGCAAUACAUGCAUCUAAAUACUGGGGAUCAGAACCAUAUGAUUGGAAACCCAAGAGGUGGAUCCUCAAGAAUGAAAUGGAGAACAAUAUAGGCAACGAAGAAUUGCUCCAGCCGCCCCUCAGCUCCUUCAUGCCAUGGUCAAGUGGACCACGGGUCUGUCCCGGAAAAAGAUUUGCCCAGGUCGAAUUUGUUGCUACACUUGCACUGCUUUUCCAACAUCACCGAGUCAAGCCAAUCGCCGAACCAGGAGAAUCCCCAAGUGGGAGCAAGGCACGCCUUUUGCAAGCGGUCCAAGACUCAGAUAUAUCCACUACGCUCAAGAUGAAUCAUCCCGAAAAAGUUCGGUUAUGUUGGGAGAAUGAUAGCUAA